AUGACUACACAAGUACGCAAAGUAUGGGUAGCAGACCAAGCAGGAACUUUUGCAAAUCUUAAAGAAAAACAGGAAGAAUUACCACCGCCUCCUCCUGAACAUAUUCGCAUCAAAGUUAAAUUUAUAGGACUUAAUUAUGCAGACAUAUUUUUAGUACUUGGGCUUUACUCAGCUGUUCCUGAGGGAAAAUUGAUUCCGGGCUUCGAAUAUUCGGGGUUAGUUGAGAGUGUAGGUGAUGGUAUUUCUCAAAACUGGUUAGGGAAACGCGUUUACGGAGUUGCAAGGUUUGGUAGUUACGCGACUUAUAUUAAUGUGCCAAUAGCCUACGUUAAAGAAACACCGAAAGAUUGGACUGAUCAGCAGGCUUGUGCCUAUCCGGAUAAAAUGGUUAAUGAUGUAAUGUAUUUAUUAAUUGUGAUUCAGGUCCAAACACUAACUGCUUACUAUGCACUCGAAGAACUUGGACGACUUAAACCAAAUAAUAGUGUUUUAGUUCACUCAGCUGCAGGAGGAUGUGGUUUAGCAGCCCUUUCCAUUCUUAGCAAGAAAUCGGCAAAAGUUGUGGGUACAGUUGGUACAUUAUCAAAACUAGAUUUUUUAAAUCAAAAAUAUGGAGAAAAUCCAAAAUUUACGUUUAUUCUUCGGGAGCCCGCUAAAGAUUUUGAAAGUCGAGCAAAGCAAGCUUUGUUAAAGAUGGAUCAAGAAGAUUUAUUUGACAUAGUAUUAGAUAGUGUAAUGGGGGAUUGGUUUUGGCCAAAUUAUAAUUUAUUGAAAAAAGAGGGUAAAUUAGUUCUUUAUGGAUCAGCAAGUUUUACACCAACAGGAAAUUUACAUCCUAUAUGGAAUAUAAUUCAGUGGAUAAAAUUGGGAUGGAAAUACAUUUGGAGGCCAACAAUUGAUCCUAUGAAAAUUGUUCAAGAUAAUAAAUCUCUCGCCGGUUUCAAUUUGAUCCAUAUAUAUGAACGUGAAGAACGGUUGAAUCAAUUAUUUAAUCACCUUCAGACUUUAGAAUUGGAACCACCGUCAAAUAUACGCGAAUUUAGAUUCGAUCAAGCUGUAGAAGCAUUAACAUAUUUAAAAUCAGGAAAAAUUGGCUGUGCCUGUAUUGGACCUUUUAAAAAACCACAAUUUUCCUCCCCCACCUCUUCUCACGUCAAAGUAUCAAAAGCUAAUACUCAUGGCGCUAAAGACAAUACACAAAAUGAAGUUAAAAGGGAAGAAGCCUCAGCUUCUCACGUUGACUCCACUGCGCCUCCCAACGCCGCUUCGCCUAAUUCUUUACCAACUCACACGCAGGUAACGGAUAAUUCUCUACACAUUCAAAACGUAGAGGCUCAAACACAGCAAGUUGCUGUUUCUGCUUCGAAUAAAGAUAAUUCUAUCUCCCCUUCAACUACUUCAAUUGUUCCUUCUCAACCGUCAAACGUUGCAACGGUUAGUUGGCCUUCCUCUGAUAGCAAAUCAACAAUGUCAAAUUCUACUAUCUCCGAUUCUACACAAAAACAAGUUCUUUCAACCCCUCAAAAAGAGACAACUACUGAUCCGAAAGGGUUGGUUAACUUUCCAUCUUCCACACCUAUAGACUCUUCUCAACUAGGAUCAUUCAAUCAAUUUCCUGUUAAUCCAGAACAAACAACUCUUGGUCAACCUAAUAGUCCUAGUCCCGCAAAGGCAAAACCAUUCGUCUGCGGGACGUGUAAUCAAACAUUUAGUCGACAACAUAAUCUAAAGUCUCACGCUUUAACUCAUUCUCAAGAAAAACCUUUUCAAUGUAACGUAUGUCAGCAUUUCUUUCGUAGGCAACAUGAUUUGAAAAGGCACAUGAAGUUGCAUACAGGUGAAAAACCGUAUCAAUGCACUUAUUGUAAGAGAAGUUUUGCAAGAUUAGAUGCAUUGAAUAGACAUUUGCGCGCAGAAAGUUUUUGUGGUGGACCACAGAAAAAAUUAUAUCAAGGUUCUGACUCAAAGUCGGCAGAACAAGUACAACAACAGCCACCAGUUCAGCUUUCGCCACAACAAACUACGCCACAGCCACAACUACUGUCUACAUCUCAGCCGCAAUCAAAGACAGCAUUACAAUCAGAUCCAAAAUCAAAUUCAUCGCCAGUAUCGCAAAAACAGGUACAACAACAGCAAUUCAAGCAGACUUCUGAGGAAUUACCGAACAAGCAGGUAUCGAAUCUAUCGACAACUUCUCAUUCAAAAAUUGACGUAUCGAGACAAACUCAAGAUUAUUACAAACGACAGCAAAUGAUGAAUCAGGAUUAUCAUUCAUGGCCUCCCCAACUAAAAAAUCAACAACCAUCAUCUAAUCAAUCUAAUGCAUUACAAGCAAAACCAAUUACCUCAAACAUCAUAAUGCCAAAUCAUCAAAUCAUAUUUCCAGUAGAAACACCCACGUCUAUACCUACCAAUGGUGCUACACCUCAUUAUCAAUUACAAUACGCACAUAGUCCUUCUGAAUUUAAUGUACAAAUUUCAGAAACACGAAGGGCACCUGAAUCAUUGGUACCAAGUGAACAGCAAGAUAUUGAUGGCCGCAUUAUUCAUCCCAAAUCGACAUCUCAAAGAGACAUGCAACAACUCCUUGAAAGAAAUAAAUACCUAGAGGAUCGUGUACGUGAAUUAGAAAAUGAAGUUAUUAAUGAACGUAAAUUACGUGAUCGAAGAGAAUACUUGGAAAAAAAGGUCUCAGAGCUUGAGAUAGAGAAAAAUCUUCUUAAAUCUCUUUUAUUGGAACGUAAUGGAGCACCUGAGACCAAUCAUAUUCAUGAAAAGAAACGCAAGGCGACAUCACCAAUUGAGCCACCAAAUCCAUCGAAGCAUCAAAAGGAUGGAGACCGCAUUAUAAUUCCGCAGUCAUCUCAAUAG